GCCCCCGCUGAGACCCCCCCUGCCGGCCAAGCGCCACCAGCUGGAAGCCAAGGGCCAGGCCCCGCAGGCCCCCCCGGAGCUGCCCCCCAGGACCGCGUCCCAUAGGAGCACCCCUGCCAAGGAGGAGGUCCCCAUCGCCGAGAGACCCCCCACUGUCCCCCUGUCCCCCCUGUCCCCCCUGUCCCCCCGGUCCCCCCCGCUCCUCCUGCCCCGCUCCAAGCCCCCAGUGCCGCUGCCACUGGAGCCGCCCUCCAAGGCCAACGUCCUCUUUGUGCCCGAGUUCGAUGACUCAGACUACGAGGACUCAGCCUUGGAGGAGGAAUUAGCUGGAGCCGCGGGGGACAUGGCUGAGAAGGAGGAUGCUGAGCCUGGGGCACCGCGGUCCCUGCGCGCCAACAGCCUCUUCAGCGAGGACGAGCUCAGUGAGGAGCAGGGAGAUGCUGUGAGCGGAGGCCCCAGCCCCAGCGCCAGCCCCAGCCCCAGCCUGCACCCGCCGGCGCCCGCCUUCCCCAGCAGCAGCAGCAGCGGCAGCGAGGACAUGGGGGGGACCCCGCUGUCACCCCCGCUCAGAGCGGGGUGGCUGGACAAGAACCCGCCCCAGGGGUCCUACAUCUACCAGAGGCGCUGGGUGAAGCUGGAUGCCGACUACCUGCGCUAUUUCGACAGUGAGAAGGACGCCUAUUCCAAGCGCUUCAUCCCCGUCUCCUCCAUCUCCCGCAUCACCAGCAUCGGGGACCAGAAGUUCGAGGUCAUCACCAACAACCGCAACUUCGUGUUCCGGGCUGAGAGCGAUGCCGAUCGCAACGAGUGGAUCCGGACCCUGCAGCAGGUUGUGGAGGAGCGGAGGAGAACAUCCAUGUCCCCAGGCUCCAGUGGUGUCCCCCCCGAGCUGCCCGACAGGAGCGGCUUCCUGGAGCUGAGAGGCUUCAAGCACAAGCUCUUCGUGGUGGUGGCCGGGGACAAGGUUUUCCUCUACAAGAACGCUGAGGACUAUCGCCUUGGCAUCGGCAUCACCUACAUCGAGAUGAACGUGGGCAACGUGAAGGAGGUGGAUCGCCGCGGCUUCGACCUCACCACCCCGUACCGGACCUUCAGCUUCGUGGCCGACUCGGAGCAGGAGAAGGAGGAGUGGGUGGAAGCCAUGCAGCAGUCCAUCGCCGAGGCCCUUUCCAACUCGGAGGUGGCCGAGAGGAUCUGGGCGCUGGAGUCCAACCGCUCCUGCGCCGACUGCGGCUCGCCCAAGCCCGACUGGGCCUCCAUCAACCUCUGCGUGGUCAUCUGCAAGCGAUGCGCAGGGGAGCACCGGGGCUUGGGUCCUUCAAUCACCAAAGUCCGGAGCUUGAAGAUGGACAGGAAGGUGUGGACAGAGGAGCUGAUCGAGCUCUUCCAGCACAUCGGCAACGCUGUGGCCAACCAGUUCUGGGCCGCCAACGUUCCCCCCAGUGAGUCCAUCGGCCCCGGCAGCGGGAGCCGGGAGAGGAGGCGCUUCCUGACGGCCAAGUACCGGGAGGGCAAGUACCGGCGCUACCACCCGCUCUUCGGCAACCAGGAGGAGCUCGACAGGGCGCUGUGCGCGGCCGUCACCACCAGUGACCUGGCGGAGACGCAGGCGCUGCUCUUCUGCGGGGCAGCCGUGUCCUGCGCCACCGGCGACCCCCAGUGCCCCUCGCCCCUCGCCCUGGCGCAGAGGAGCGGGCAGCGGCUGCAGAUGGAAUUCCUGCUCCACAACAGGUCCUCAGAGCCCCCUCGCCUGGAGGUGGGGGGCAGCGAGGAGAAGCCCUACUCGGUUCCGCUGCCCUCCGUCACCCACCACGGCUUCCUCUACAAGACCCCGUCCAUGGCCAAGCCCAUUGGCGAGCGCAAGGGGCCGGAAGAGUUCAGCCGGCGCUGGUGCACGCUGCAGGACGGGCUCCUCAGCUACUACGAGAGCGACCGCAGCGCUGCGCCCAACGGCGAGCUCCGCGCCGAGGAGAUGGUGUGUCUGGUGCACAACGCGCCCCACACGCACGGCAUCGAGAACACCUUUGAGGUGUACAUGGAGUCGGAGAGGCUCUACCUGUUCGGGCUGGAGAAGCCCGACUCCGCUCGGGAAUGGCUCAAGUCCAUUGCCAAGUCCUUCGUCCAUCCCUGUGCCGAGGAGCUGCUGGCUCUGGACUUCGAGCGCAUCGGCCGCCUGCACUACAAGGGUGGCCUCAACCUGGAGCGAGCCAAGGAGGGCUGGUUCGCCCUGGUGGGCUCCGUGCUCCACGUCUGCUUCCAGGACAGCGAGCGGCAGGAACCCCUCCAGCUCCGCAAGCUGCAGGAGCUCUCCAUCCAGGGGGACAAUGAGGUGCUGGUGCUGGUGGAGCGGAGGAGGACGCUGUACAUCCAAGGGGAGAGGAAGCUGGAUUUCCUGGGAUGGGUCCAAGCCAUCCAGAAGGCUGCGGGCAGCUCCGGGGACACGCUGUCGGAGCAGCAGCUCACCGAGUCGGAUGUCCCACUGCUGGUGGAUCGCUGCAUCGACUACAUCACCCAGUGUGGGUUGACAUCCGAAGGCAUCUACCGCAAGAGCGGGCAGAACUCCAAGACCACCAGCCUGCUGGAGAUGCUCCGCAGGGAUGCCCGCAGCGUGCGCCUGAAGGAGGGGGAGCACCACGUGGAUGAUGUGGCCAACACCCUCAAGAGGUUCUUCAGGGACCUGGGGGACGGGCUCUUCACCAGGCGCUGGGGCCAGGACUGGCUGCGGGCCACUGCGCUGGAGGACGAGGAGGUGAAGAUCAGCGAGUACCGGCAGCUCCUGGGCACGCUCCCCACGGUGAACCGGGCCACGCUGAAGUCGCUCAUCAACCACCUCUUUAGGGUGCAGCGGUUCUCUGGGGAGAACCAGAUGAACACACACAACCUGGCCAUCGUCUUCGGGCCCACGCUCUUCCAGAUGGAUGGCAAGGACUACAAGGCAGGACGUGUGGUGGAGGACCUCAUCAGCCACUACGUGAAGAUCUUCAAUGUCAACGACCAAGAGAUGAAGAAGCAGCAGGAUGAGAUCAUGGCCAUCAUGAAGAUGCGGGAGGCAGCCUCCAGCGGGACACAGCAAGCCGGGGACUUCAUCUGCACCGUGUACCUGGAGGAGAAGAAGACGGAGGCAGAGCAGCACGUCAAGAUCCCGGCCACCAUGACAGCCGAGGAGCUCACCUUCGAGAUCCUGGACAGGAGGAAAGUGGUCAUGAAGGAGAAGGACUAUUGGAGCUGCUACGAAGUGAAUGAGAGGGAGGAGGCAGAGCGGCCCUUGCACUACUCGGAGAAGGUGCUGCCCAUCCUGCACUGCCUGGGCACCGAGAGCUACCUGGUGGUGAAGAAGCAGAUGGCCAUGGAGAACAUGCUCAUCUACCUGGCCAGCAGAGGGGGCGACUGCAAGCACGGGCUGAUGAAAUUCCGGGAGGAGAGAAACCUGCUGGGGCUGGGGCUCAGCACCGGCUUCCACGACCGGUACUUCAUCCUGAGCCACCGCUGCCUGCGCCUCUACAGGGAAGUGAGGAGCCACAAGCCGGAGAAGGAAUGGCCCGUCAGGAACCUGAGGGUGUAUCUGGGCAUCAAGAAGAAGCUUCGGCCUCCAACGUGUUGGGGCUUCACAGUCUUCUACGAGAACGAGAAGCACGAGAAGCAGCAAUGGUACCUGUGCUGUGACACCCAGGCCGACCUCCGCGAGUGGUUCGCCACCUUCCUCCACGUGCAGCACGGGGGGGCCCUGUGGCCCUCGGAGAGCUCCAAGGUGAGGACGUCGCGGUGGCAGCAGGACUCCAGGUUGGGUAACAUCUCCCUCAUCCCGCUGCGGGGCAAUGAGAGUGAGAUGAGGAACAGUGUGGCUGCUUUUGCUACUGACCCGCUAACCCUCCUGCGCAACGUCUGAGCUGGAGGCCUGAGACACCGGGUUUGUCCACGCGUGGGGCAGCCCUCAGGGACCUGCUCCAGCCCCACAUCCCGGCACAGGCCGGGGUCCCAUCGGAUCCGGAGCCUCCACCGGACCCUCUCACCUCCCCACACUGUGACCCAGGAGGGGAAAUGGCAGCGAGGCCACUGACCCACCAGUGGAGCAGGUCUGGGGAGCCAUGGCCAGGCACCCAUGGAGACUAUAUACCCAUGGGGGCCAGCAUCCAUGGGGACCAGGCAUCCAUGGGAUCCAGCAUCCAUGGGGACCAGGAAUCCAUGGUAACCAUGCACCCAUGGGGACCAGCACCCAUGGAGACUAUGCAUCCAUGGGCUCCAGGAAUCCAUGGGGACCAGCAUCCAUGGUAACAUGCACCCAUGGGGACCAGCAUCCAUGAUGACCAGGCACCCACGGGGACCAGCAUCUGUGGGUACCAUGCAUCCAUGGGGACCAGGAAUCCUUGGGGACCAGCAUCCUUGGGAACCAGCAUCCAUGGGGACCAGCAUCUAUGGGACCAGGCAUCCACAGGGACCAGCAACCAUGAGGACCAGACAUCCAUGGGAACCAGGCACCCAUGAGGACCAGCAUUCAUAUGGACUAGGCGUCUAUGGGACCGUGCAUCCAUGGGGACCAGGAUCCAUGGGACCAGCAUCCACAGGGACCAGCAUCUAUAGGGACCAGUAUCCAUGAGGACCAGGCACUCAUGGGGAACAGGAUCCACAGGGACCAGCAUCCAUGAGGACCAGGCACCCAUGAGGAACAUGCACCCAUGAGGACCAGGCAGUCAUGGGGACCAGCAUCCAUGGGGACCAGCAUCCACGGGGACCAGGCAGUACCAGCCCACUGCACCCCAGACCCCACAUCUCAGCUGCUUUCAGCUUCUUGCUCCGAGCUCCAGGCAGGGAAGCAGAUCCCGGCCGGACACCCUGGCACAGGGUCCUGCUUUUCCUCUUCUUCCCUCUUACUUUAAGUCCUUCUCCAUCAAACCGACAAGGCAAUCCUUCCCAUGGGAUGCAUUCCCAGCUCCAGGGACCACAAUCAUGGUGCUCCCAUCACUCCUAGAGAGGGGAUGCCCCAUUCCCGGGGUCCCCUCCAUGGGCAGGGCACCACGAGCCUCUGUUCCCCCACACUGGGGCCAUCCGGCCGCUGUCCCCUGGCUCCAGCCUGAUGGAGGGGGGGGACAGGGUGUGGGGGGCAGGAGCUGCUCCCGUUUCCCACUGCCGCCUCUCCAUGGUAUUAAAGGUCUUUGGGAAACGA